ACGUGGGGCCCCAGGAGGCAGGAACUAGGGCAGGGGGCUCCAGUGCAAUCCCUUGACCGCUAGGACCCAGGAGCCGCUGGGAUGCGGCUCUGGGAGCCAUCGCUGGGGUCACUCACGCCCGGCACCAGGAAGUGAAUUGCUCUCGUUGCAGUGACUGGGGCGCUCUGGGGAGCCUACGCAAGGUCCGCGAGUCCCGGCGGCGGCUGCUGGGGACCCCAGAGCCCUGGCUGCAACCGGGAAAGGCAAAUCUCCAGCAGUAACAUUCCCGCUGCUCCCAGGAGCCUCUCCCAGUGCAGAGCCCCCAGCCUGGCCAGGACCCCCCCGUCCCGGGCCCCAGCCCCUGCUCCCAGGGCAGGCACCGCUUGGAGGGAAGGCUGCAGAAUAAGGACAACGUGUUGCUCCAGAUCAUCCCAUUUUUCUAGGGUACGGGGAAGGGAAAUGGCUGUGGUGGAGCCAGCUCAGAUGCCGGUGACCUUCGAGGAGGUGGCUGUGUAUUUCACCGAGGGGCAGGGGGGUUUGCUGGACCCUGGUCAGAGAGCCCUCUACACGGACGUCAUGCAGGAGAAUUAUGAGACUGUGACCUCUCUGGGAUUCCCUAUUCCCAAACCUGACCUGAUCGCCCGGCUGGAAGCAGGAGAAGAGCCGUGGGUCCCGGAUCUCCAGGCCUCCAAGGAAAUGAAGGUCUCAAGAGGUACCCAAGCAGCAGGUGAUGAGACAAUGAGUGAGAACGAGGAGGGGAAUCCACAACAGGAAUGUCCUGAGCAAGUUGAACUGCAAGGAAGCAUAUUGAGUAGAGAAGAUGGGAAUAUUUUCCAAUGCUUUGAAGAGAGAAAAGCCUGGAGUGAUUGGCACAGGUCAGAACGGAAGCUGGAAAAUUGCCAAGGAAAGCAAGUAGAUGAAUCCAUUGAAAGUGGGAGAGGAGGCAAGGAUCCCAAGGAAACCACAGCCCAGCUGACAAAUCACAAAGGAAAGAAACCCUAUAAAUGCUUGGACUACGGUAAAAGCUUCAGUGGGAGCUCAAAUCUUAUUAACUAUGGGAGACUGCACAGGGGAAAGAGACCCUAUAAAUGCCUUGAGUGUGGGAACAGCUUCAGUAAUAUCUCUGGACUUUUUUGCCAUAGCAGAAUCCACACAGGAGAGAGACCAUAUAAAUGCCUUCAGUGUGGGAAGAGUUUCACUGUAUCAUCAGCCCUUAUUAUUCAUCAGAGAACCCACACAGGAGAGAAACCCUAUAAAUGUCUUGAGUGUGGGAAAAGUUUCCGUGCACGAUCAGCCCUUAUUGUACAUCAGAGAACCCACACAGGAGAGAAACCCUAUAAAUGCUUAGACUGUGGGAAAAGUUUCCGUCAGAGCUCACAUCUUAUUAGCCAUGCAAGAAUCCACAUGGGAGAGAGGCCAUAUAAAUGCCUUGAGUGUGGGAAAAGUUUUAUUGCAGCAUCAGCCCUUAUUACACAUCAGAGAACUCACACAGGAGAGAAACCCUAUAAAUGCUUGGAGUGUAGUGCAAGUUUCAGUCGGAGCUCAAAUCUUAUUACCCACCGGAGACUGCACACGGGAGAGAGACCAUGUAAAUGCCUUGAGUGUGGGAAAAGUUUCAGUGCACCAUCAGCCUUUAUUGUACAUCAGAGAACCCACACAGGAGAGAAACCCUAUAAUUGCUUGGACUGUGGGAAAAGUUUCAGUCAGAGCUCACAUCUUAUUAGCCAUGGAAGAAUCCACAUGGGAGAGAGGCCAUAUAAAUGCCUUGAGUGUGGGAAAAGUUUUAUUGCAGCAUCAGCCCUUAUUACACAUCAGAGAACCCACACGGGAGAGAGACCCUAUAAAUGCUUGGACUGCGGUAAAAGCUUCAGUUGGAGCUCAAAUCUUAUUGCCCAUGAGAGACUGCACACAGGAGAGAGACCCUAUAAAUGUUUGGAUUGUGGGAAAAGCUUCAGUCAGCACGCAAGCCAUAUUAAGCAUGGGAGAAUCCACAAGGGGAAGAAACUGUGAAAAUGCCUCCACUGUGAGAAAAGUUUCAGUCAGAAUUCACACCUUAGUAGACAUCUGACAAUUCAGACAACAGAGAAACCCCAUAAAUGCUUGGAUGAUUGGAAAAGCUUCAAUCCAACGUCAUGUUGGAGAAGUCACAUGAGACAGAAUCUAUAAAUGCCUCAGCUGUGGAAAAAGUUCAAUUCAAAGAUCAAACCUGACUUCACAUCUGACAAUCUACACAAGACAGAGAACCCAUAAAAACUUGGAUUGUGGGAAAAGCUUCAGUAACUUCAGGAAAAGAUUCAGUCUGAGCUCACACAUUAUUCCCCAUUGGAUAAUGCCCAGAAGAAAGAGCUUGAAUGUGUGGGUACCUUCAUUUGGUGCUCACAUGGCAUGCAUCAUCAGCAAAUCUUCAAAAGGAAGAGGCCUCUC